CCCCGCCCGCUCGCCCGGCGCAUUUGCACUGCUCACAGCCCACAAGCAGCAAGCCGCCGGGCUUUUUCUUUCUUGCCAUUUAGGUGCCUGCUCAGAGGUUACCCUCCCUGGGUCGAGCUGGGCUCCUACCCUUCCUCUCAGGGAAGUGGGCAGAGCGUUGCAACUUGCAUCCGCCCCCGUAGGGGUGUUGCCGCCGCCACCACGCCCUCCGGGAAAGAGCAGCCUCUCUUGCCCGCCUUUGCUUUUCGGCGGGCUGGCAGCGCACUGAGCGGGUUUGCUGAGACGGACGUAGAGAUAAUGCAGCCCAAUAGUCCCAGUGACAUACACCUGAGUGAAUGGCAGAAGAAUUACUUUGUGGUUACUUCGGACUCCUGUACACCAGCACAAAAGGCAGAUGCAUAUCGUGCACAGAUUCUACACAUUCAGUAUGCAUGGGCAAACUCUGAGAUCUCCCAGGUUUGCGCUGCUGACCUGUUCAAAAAAUAUGCAGAAAAAUACUCUGCAAUUAUUGACUGUGACAAUGCUGAGACUGGCUUGAAUAACUAUGCUAAAGAUAUUAUGACGUUGGCAAGAUGUCAGCAAAAUGACAGCGACAAGUGGCAAUCUGGGUUGACAACUAGUAACGUGAUGGAGCUGAAGUGUGUGCAAGAGAUGGUGCAGGCUGGCAAAAAGUUCCAGAGCGCUCUGGUGGCACAAGCUGAUGUGAGCACUGAUAAGGAGGCCACUACCUCUCUUUCUUCAAGUCUUCCCAAACUCACUGUCUGCAGUGGAGAUGAGAAAUCUGUGCUUGGGGCUGGCUCAUCAAAUUGUAAAAAUUGGGGACCAGAUAUCCUUGGGAGCCCCCCAGCUUUAAAAAGUCAUCAAAGUGGCUUGCUUUUCAAGGCAGGAGCGGCACAUUCUUUGUCACCUGUGCCUAUACGUGAAGUGCCUCAUACUCCCUCUUGUGCAACCUCAUCAUUUGUAAAUAGCGAUUCAGGAUUUAAAAGUUCUAGCUUUGGGCAGAAUUCACCAUUUCCCACUCAUUCAAUUUUCCCUGCAGGGAUGGGCAACCUAGGAAAAAGGAAAGUGUUUUUUGGGUCCGGAGAAGAAAGUAGUCAUGCCUCUUCUGCUUUUAUUCCUAACAAGUUGAUUAAUAAAGAAAGAAAAAAGUAUCCAGGGAAUGGAAGCCAAAGCACUGAGAACAGAGCACCAGGUUUCAAAACGGCAAAAGAACAGCUCUGGGUGGACCAGCAGAAGAAACACCCAAACCAGCCCCAGCAUGCCCCGUUCCCAUCUUACGGUGGCACAAAAAAGUCUUUGGGGGCUGGAAGGUCUCGGGGUCUGUUUGGAAAGUUUGUUCCUCCAGUACCAAAAGAAGAUGGAAAUGGAAACGUGGGAAUGCAAUGCAAACCUUGUGGGACUGCAUCCACAGAGCUGGCUUGUCCAACAGACGAACGGUUAAAGAAUAUAGAACCGAAAAUGAUAGAGCUCAUCAUGCAAGAGAUUGUGGACCAUGGGCCUCCAGUAAAUUGGGAUGACAUUGCUGGAGCAGAGUUUGCAAAAGCAACUAUCAAGGAGAUUGUAGUGUGGCCUAUGUUGAGGCCUGACAUUUUUACUGGCUUACGAGGUCCUCCAAAAGGAAUUCUUCUGUUUGGUCCUCCUGGGACAGGGAAGACACUCAUCGGCAAAUGCAUUGCCUGCCAGUCAGGGGCCACUUUUUUUAGCAUCAGUGCCUCUUCACUGACCUCCAAGUGGGUCGGCGAGGGAGAAAAGAUGGUCCGUGCGUUGUUUGCUGUGGCACGAUGCCAUCAGCCAGCAGUAAUCUUCAUUGACGAGAUUGAUUCUCUCUUAUCCCAGCGUGGAGAUGGGGAACACGAGUCUUCUCGAAGAAUAAAAACAGAGUUCUUGGUCCAGCUAGAUGGAGCGACAACCUCUUCGGAAGACCGCAUACUGGUUGUAGGAGCAACCAACAGGCCACAAGAGAUCGACGAGGCUGCCCGAAGGAGGUUGGUGAAGAGACUAUACAUCCCGCUUCCCGACGCUUCUGCCAGAAAGCAGAUAGUGUCUCGGCUGAUGUCAAAGGAACGUUGCUCCCUGACUGAAGAGGAAUUGGAACUCAUUGUUAAAAAGUCAGAUGGGUUUUCUGGGGCUGAUGUGACUCAGCUUUGCCGAGAGGCUUCUCUAGGCCCCAUCCGCAGCCUUCAGUCUGCUGACAUUACGACUAUCGCACCAGAGCAAGUCCGAUCUAUUGUUUUUCAAGAUUUUGACAGUGCUUUAAAAACCGUCCGCCCCAGUGUAUCCUCCAAAGACCUGGAAUUGUACGAUACCUGGAAUCAGACGUUUGGGUGCGGAAGAUGAGAGGGACUGAACUUGCACCAUUCAAUUCUGAUUUUGAGUGACUUUCAUUGCUAAAAUGUUCAUAGUGUUAUAAUAAAUUGGACUUAAUGCA